AUCGCAUAUCUCUCCAAUCUAUAUUUUACGUCGCAGUGCUAAGAUGACUUUAGCUAAAAUGACACAGAAUGUCACAAUUUUGAUUCGGCUGAUAAUGUCCAUUGCGGAGGCGCCCCAGGUGUCUAUCUCCAUAGAAGUGCCAACGAUUCCAUCAGCCAAUUUGACAGGUGAAGUGGUACCUCCAAUGAUUGCGCACGACCCCAUAAAAAUAAUUCGUCGAGUGGAUUGGGGAGCACAACCACCUCUGGGUCCAUCUCCAGCGCUAUCAGCCAUUCCCACCCCAUACGUAGUGAUAGGUCACACAGAAACCGAUCCUUGUCUUAAUGAAAGCAACUGCAUUCAACAAGUCAGACGUCUCCAGAAUUCGCACAUCCAAUGGAACAAGUGGGAUGACAUUGGAUACAACUUCCUGGUGGGUGGUGAUGGUAAUAUUUACGUGGGUCGUGGAUGGAACGUCGAGGGAGUUCAUACGUUCAAUUACAAUAAAAAAAGUAUCGGAGUUGGCUUCAUUGGGGAUUUUGAUAAAGUUUCACCGAACGAGAAGCAACUCAGAGCUGCACAGCAGCUGCUGGAAUUAGGAGUCAAGUUCAGGGAAUUAGCGAGUGAUUAUAAAUUGCUGGGACAGAAGCAAUUGAUUAGGACGGCCAGUCCUGGUGAACAAUUAUACAAAAUCAUUCAGACGUGGCCGCACUGGAGGGCGAGCCCUUAAGUUUUUCUUAGGAAAAUUAAUUGUAGAGAGACGCUUAUUUGGCAUGAAGCACUGAUUUUUCAUUAAAUUUUUAAGAAGAUCAAUUAAUAAGACUUCUAAGAUAUCAGUGAUUCCUAGACAAUUGUAUCAAUACCAGCGGUCCAUGGAUUAUUUGAUAAAUAAUUAUUUAAUACUGUAAAAUAUGCAUAAAUAAAUGAUUUUUUGAAAGUGUU